AUGGCUUGUGUUGGAGCUGACGAAUUAAAGCAGCUGGAAUAUUUGUCUUUGGUGUCCAAAGUUUGUACUGAGCUUGAUAACCAUCUUGGGCUGAGUGAUAAAGAUUUAGCUGAGUUUGUCAUCCAUUUGGCUGAAGAACAACCGACCUUUGAUGGAUUCAAGACGGUUCUGAUCCAAAAUGGAGCCGAGUUCACAGAUUCUCUCAUUGGUAAUUUGCUGAGACUCAUUCAGACUAUGCGACCACCAGCCAAAGCUACAAGUAAAGGAUCUGAAGAUGUGGGUAAACCAAAGACAGAAAAAGAGCGACUGAAGGAGAUGUUUCCUGCUCUGUGUAGAGCGAACGAUCCGGUGCCAAGGAAGUUGCUUGAUGAGGAUGAUGUAAAAGUAGCAGCCGAAGCCAUGAAAGAGUUGGAGAUGUUUCUGCCCAGUGUCAGUGGGACAGAGUCAGACAUAUGCAAGAAGAGGUCAGACAAGAGUAGGCGACGCAGCCGAAGUCGCAGCAGAAGUAGGGAGCGAGUGCGCCACAGAGACAGAGAGCGGGAUAAAGACCGGAGGAGGCGGCAUCGUUCUCGAUCCAGGUCCAGGUCUCGCUCUCUAGAUCGCGAAAAGCAUAGAGACAGGGACCGUGGUAAAAGAAGAGAUCGAUCAUCUCGUUGGGCUGAUCGCACGCCAAGUCCCCGAAAAGAGCAAGACAGAGACUCUGAGCGCUGGAAGGACAAACAUGUGGACCGUCCUCCACCAGAGGAACCUUCUGUUGGCGACAUUUACAAUGGAAAAGUCACCAGCAUCAUGCAGUUCGGCUGUUUUGUUCAACUAGAAGGACUGAGGAAGCGAUGGGAGGGUUUGGUUCACAUUUCAGAGCUCCGGCGAGAGGGCCGUGUGGCCAACGUAGCUGAUGUCGUCAGCAAAGGUCAAAGAGUCAAAGUCAAGGUGUUAUCCUUCACUGGCUCCAAGACCAGCCUCAGUAUGAAGGAUGUGGAUCAAGAAACUGGGGAAGACCUAAACCCCAACAGGAGGAGGAACACCGGCCCAGAUGCAGGUGAAGACACCUCCAUGAGGAACCCUGACAGACCAAGCAAUCUCAAUCUGGGGCAUGCCCCAGAGCUGGAGCAGGACGACACUCUGCAGCGCAAGAGACUCACCAAGAUAUCAGAUCCAGAGAAGUGGGAGAUCAAACAGAUGAUUGCAGCGAAUGUCUUGUCUAAAGAAGAAUUCCCAGAUUUUGAUGAUGAGACAGGGAUCCUUCCUAAAGUGGACGAUGAAGAGGAUGAAGACUUGGAAAUUGAGCUGGUUGAAGAGGAGCCCCCGUUCCUGAGGGGACACACUAAACAAAGCAUGGACAUGAGCCCAGUCAAGAUUGUAAAGAAUCCAGAUGGCUCGUUGUCCCAAGCAGCCAUGAUGCAGAGUGCUCUGGCUAAGGAGAGACGAGAGCUGAAGCAGGCUGCACGUGAGGCAGAGAUGGACUCCAUCCCCAUGGGGCUGAACAAGCACUGGGUUGACCCACUGCCAGACGCUGAUGGCCGACAAAUUGCAGCGAACAUGAGGGGCAUCGGCAUGAUGCCCAGUGAUAUCCCAGAGUGGAAGAGGCAUGCUUUUGGGGGCAAUAAAGCCUCUUAUGGAAAGAAGACACAGCUGUCUAUUCUGGAGCAGAGAGAGAGUUUGCCCAUCUAUAAGCUGAAGGAGCAACUUAUUCAGGCCGUACAUGACAACCAGAUUCUGAUUGUGAUUGGAGAGACAGGAUCUGGCAAGACCACACAGAUCACCCAGUACCUGGCAGAGGCAGGCUACACCUCCAGGGGCAAGAUUGGCUGCACUCAGCCCCGUCGUGUGGCCGCCAUGUCAGUGGCCAAGAGAGUAUCUGAAGAAUACGGCUGCUGUCUGGGACAGGAAGUGGGUUACACCAUUCGUUUUGAGGACUGCACCAGCCCUGAGACGGUGAUCAAGUACAUGACAGACGGCAUGUUGCUGAGAGAAUGCCUGAUCGACUCAGAAUUGGGCCAGUAUGCCAUUAUUAUGUUGGACGAAGCUCACGAGAGGACAAUCCACACUGAUGUUCUCUUUGGUUUACUGAAGAAGACUGUACAGAAACGCACAGACAUGAAGUUGAUUGUGACAUCAGCUACUCUGGAUGCCGUGAAGUUUUCUCAGUAUUUCUAUGAAGCACCCAUUUUCACCAUCCCGGGCAGAACCUACCCUGUGGAGGUUCUGUACACCAAAGAACCUGAGACUGACUACCUGGAUGCCAGCCUCAUCACAGUCAUGCAGAUUCAUCUGACAGAGCCUCCUGGUGACAUCCUGGUGUUUUUAACUGGACAGGAAGAGAUCGACACUGCUUGCGAGAUCCUGUAUGAACGGAUGAAGUCCUUGGGCCCUGAUGUGCCUGAACUGAUCAUUCUGCCAGUCUAUUCUGCGUUGCCCAGCGAGAUGCAGACAAGGAUAUUUGAUCCUGCACCUCCAGGAAGCAGAAAGGUGGUCAUAGCUACAAAUAUUGCAGAGACGUCUUUGACCAUCGAUGGAAUCUAUUAUGUCGUAGAUCCUGGAUUUGUCAAGCAAAAAGUGUACAACUCCAAAACGGGCAUUGACCAGCUGGUUGUGACUCCCAUCUCACAGGCCCAAGCGAAGCAAAGGGCCGGUCGUGCUGGAAGAACUGGACCGGGGAAGUGUUACCGGCUUUACACUGAGCGAGCUUACAGAGAUGAAAUGCUGACGACGAAUGUGCCAGAGAUCCAGAGAACCAAUUUGGCCAGCACAGUGUUGUCUCUGAAGGCAAUGGGCAUCAAUGACCUCCUGUCUUUUGACUUCAUGGAUGCUCCACCAAUGGAGACUCUGAUCACAGCCAUGGAGCAGCUCUACACUUUAGGAGCUCUGGACGAUGAAGGCUUACUUACACGGCUCGGCAGAAGGAUGGCAGAGUUCCCUCUGGAGCCGAUGUUGUGUAAGAUGUUGAUCAUGUCGGUCCAUCUGGGCUGCAGUGAAGAAAUGCUCACGAUUGUUUCAAUGCUCUCUGUGCAGAACGUCUUCUACAGGCCAAAGGACAAACAGGCCUUAGCUGACCAGAAGAAGGCAAAGUUCCACCAACCUGAGGGGGACCAUCUCACUUUGCUUGCUGUUUAUAACUCCUGGAAAAACAACAAGUUCUCCAACCCCUGGUGUUACGAAAACUUCAUCCAGGCGCGCUCACUUCGCAGAGCUCAAGAUAUCCGUAAGCAGAUGCUGGGUAUUAUGGACAGACAUAAACUGGAUGUGGUGUCUUGCGGAAAAGCGACAGUGCGCGUUCAAAAAGCUAUUUGCAGUGGCUUUUUCCGAAACGCAGCCAAGAAAGACCCACAAGAGGGCUACCGGACCCUUAUAGACCAGCAAGUGGUUUACAUCCACCCGUCCAGCGCUCUCUUCAACCGUCAGCCUGAGUGGGUCGUGUACCAUGAGUUGGUAUUAACAACUAAAGAGUAUAUGCGUGAGGUGACCACCAUCGACCCUCGGUGGCUGGUGGAAUUUGCUCCUGCUUUCUUUAAAGUGUCUGACCCGACACGUCUCAGCAAACAGAAGAAACAACAGCGUCUUGAACCUCUCUACAAUCGAUAUGAAGAACCAAACGCGUGGAGGAUAUCUCGUGCCUUCAGGCGCCGUUAAGCCAUGGUCACAUUACCUACAAGCCACAGAGUCAAAGCGACGACUGGUCGUUCAUUUUCAAUGACAGUGGCCAUUUUACAGUGGCAAGAGACAACGGUUACUCUGCCAACAGCUAUGCGGGGCCACAACAGACCUGAAAUGUAUUUUAUAUAAAUAGAGUGAUGCUACAUGGCGACUGCCAGUGAGAAUAGCUAGCGUAAAGUCAGCUGGUUGUUCGAACGAACAAAUUAAUCCAAGAUGGCUGAAAACACUCUACACCUGUAUGCCUGUAUAUAUUUAAUAUUGUUUCUCAUGUUUGUCAUCAAAUAACAAAUGUUUUAUUUUCUUGUGAGCGUUCAUAUAUUUCAUAAGGUAAAAAUAGAGCCAAUAGAAUGACCUGUAUUCACCUGAUUAACUACAAAAUACUUUUGUUCAAAGAACCAGACAGGUGGUGUGCUUCCCAAACAAAACACAGUAAUGAGGUUGCUUUAUUUAAAAAAAAAAUAAUAGUAACUGUACAACUAAUUCUUAAAAAAUGUUACUCUAAAAUCAUUUGAUGUUUUGAGGUCCAAGGUAAUGUGACCAAGAUAGGUGAGCUAGGACUUCAUGUUAGUGUGAAACAAUAACCAUAGACUUGCGUUCAACCAAUUCCUCCAAAUAUUAAUUCUAAGUAUAUAUAAUUACCAUAGUAGGUGUGGUGACCAAGUGGUUAAUGCACUUGGUUUCAGUGCGGAAGGUUCCCGGUUCGAAUCCCACCCCUACCACAUUUCUCCAUGUAAUGUGGAGUUGUGUCAGGAAGGGCAUCCGGUGUAAAAUUUGUGCCAAUUGAACAUGCAGAUCCACCUUGGAUUUGCUGUGGCGACCCCGAGUACAAAACAAGGGAGCAGCCGAAGGGACUUACUUACUAUAUAUAAUUACCAUAAAUGGUUCCGUCUCCUUUUUUAAAAGAUUGGUAUUACAUCAGCUUUUUUUCCCCCAAAAUACCAGGAGGUUUACUUCCAGCUAGAUGGUCUUAAAACACAAUAUAAUAGAAAAUACAACACCUAGCCUUGUUUGGGUCUAUAGCAUCAGUUAGUGUAAAAAAAUAAAAAUACAUCAUCACACUCUGAUUACCAUCUGACUGCACAUACCAUCUACUGUUUCCAUAUUUUCAUGACCUCAGCUCCAGUGGACCAGAACAACUUGUGUGAAAUGUAAGUGUGAAGGAGUUGUAGUAAAAUGGUUGGUCACUGAAAAUGUGAGAAGGCAAGUGACUUUCAAGUAAAAAAAAAAAAAAAAAUUCUCGUCAUUUUUCUUACACAAAAGAACUGGAAAUGUACCGCAGAGCCAAACAUCCAAAGCAUAAAAAGGAAUUACUCUGUGUGUGUGUGUGUGUGUGUGUGUGUGUGUGUGUGUGUGUGUGUGUGUGUGUGUGUGUGUGUGUGUGUGUGUGUGUGUGUGUGUGUGUGUGUGUGUGUGUGUGUGUUUAUUUAUUUAUUUACCCUGUUUUUGGCCGUAUGCGCACGUACAUGUUCACGGCCCGAGAUGAAGCCAAGGCUUUGUAUCGAAGUAAAUAAAACAGCGACAUCUAGUGGCUAUCAAGAAUUAUAGCAAGCAUAAAUUCCAGACAUACACGCAAGUGCGAUUAAUGAUAAAAUACACGUAUAUAUUUCCCUUAAUGAAGUAAAACGUAUAUUUGAUAAUACACAUGGUGGUGUUUCUUUUCGAGUCCAUGAUUCUUUAGGCUGCUCCGGUUUUUUUUUUCUUAAAUAUGUUUUUAAAUGCAUCAGUUAAUCAGUAAAGAAACAUUCAUGACUUUGA